GACCUGCAGGACUUGCUGGGCACGGAGAGAGCAGCGCGCCAGGACAGGCUGCUGCGCGUCGGAGGAGCGCAAAAGACCCGUUUGCCUAUAGGAGGAGAAUUUGCGAAUUUUAUGGGGAGGAUUGUUGGAAAGUAACCCCAACGACGAGACAACAAACCUCGCUCUUCGGUAAAUUAUCUAUUUUUUCAGGCAUCAGCACAGUGCUGAUUUAAGUGUCCAAACCGUGAGCGCGUAAGGUCCGGUGGCAUGUCCGAGAGGAAGAGCGCUGAACACCGCAGCUUUGAGGCUUCAUCACUGACAACUCGCGGAUCAGAUGGUGGCGAAAAAAUGACUCGGGCUCUCUCCAUCCUCGCUUACCUUCUCUCUUUGGUCCACUGUAGCAGCUGUGCUUACUCAGAGGAGUGUCUCAUGAACACUUUGCUUGAAAAGAAACGCUAUAAUCCGCUCAUCCGCCCGGCUGUCAACAGGACCGAGAGAGUCACAGUGAAGCUGCAAGUGUCUCUGGCUCAGCUCAUCAGUGUGAAUGAAAGAGAACAGAUCAUGACUACAAAUGUCUGGCUCACUCAGCACUGGGUGGAUUACAGGUUAUCAUGGGACCCUUCAAAAUACGAAGGUAUUGACAAGCUACGUAUUCCUUCCCGACACAUUUGGCUCCCAGAUAUUGUCCUGUACAACAACGCUGAUGGUACCUAUGAGGUAACAGUCUUUACCAAUGCCAUUGUCCUUUACAAUGGCAGCAUCAACUGGCUUCCUCCAGCCAUCUACAAAAGUGCCUGUAAGAUCGAGGUCAAGCAUUUUCCCUUCGACCAGCAGAACUGCACCCUCAAGUUUCGCUCUUGGACGUAUGACCACACAGAGAUUGACCUGAUCCUUAAGUCUGAGGUGGCCAGCAUGGAUGAUUUUACUCCCAGUGGCGAGUGGGAUAUCUUGGCGCUGCCAGGCAGACGAACUGUCAACCCUCUGGAUCCCACCUAUGUGGACCUCACAUAUGACUUCAUCAUCAAGAGGAAGCCCCUUUUCUACACCAUCAACCUCAUCAUCCCCUGUGUUUUGAUCACCUCUCUGGCCAUUCUGGUCUUCUACUUACCUUCAGACUGCGGGGAGAAGAUGACCCUCUGCAUCUCUGUCCUCUUGGCUCUCACUGUGUUCUUGCUUUUGAUCUCAAAGAUUGUUCCUCCCACCUCACUGGAUGUGCCACUGAUUGGCAAGUACCUGAUGUUCACCAUGGUGCUGGUGACCUUCUCCAUUAUCACCAGUGUGUGUGUGCUCAACGUGCACCACCGCUCUCCCAGCACCCACACCAUGCCUUCCUGGGUCAAGCUGAUAUUUCUUGUCAAACUGCCUGCCUUGCUCUUCAUGAGACGCCCUCACAAUAACUCUGCACGCCAGAGACUUCAACAACAGCGGUGUCUACGGGCGAGGAGAGCCAUUUUGGGCUUGGGUUACCCAGUUGGAUCGAAAACAGGUAUCAACAUGUCGUCUUCUGCCCUGCUGUCUUCCGACUCUGUCUUCUCCUACCCAGGACACCAAAAUGUAGCUCCACCACUAAGCUACAGCCACUCCAACAAGAAAGGGGAUGUGCGCCCCACUGAUUACCUUCCCAGUGGUUUGACUUGUCCCCAAGACCUCCAGCAGCAAAGCAACUCAGAUUGGGCUGCUGAUGUCCAGGAGGCGGUGAACGGGGUGCGCUUUGUGGCUGAGCACAUGAUGGGAGAUGAUGAUGAUCAGAGUGUGAUUGAGGACUGGAAGUACGUGGCUAUGGUGGUGGAUCGUAUGUUCCUGUGGAUCUUUGUGAUAGUGUGUGUGGUGGGAACCCUGGGCUUAUUUCUUCAGCCUGUCUUCCAGACUCAGAUUAUUCCCAGCCAGCAGCCCAGCUCAGAAACCCCUCACAUAUGAUGAGCAAUGAACAAGACAAGGCAAGUUUUAGGGUUUAUUUUUCUUCAGCAAUUAAGAUGGUAGGAUAUAUUCAUAUAAGCAGAUGCAGACCAGUGGCAGUUGCAAAGUCUUUUUUCUUAUAGCCUGUAAUGCCAUAUUGGUGGGGUCAAAAAGCACCAAUAGCAAACAUCAUAUGUGCCAAUCCCCACAAAUAAGGCAGACGAACCAAACAUAAAAGUACUUGCAACUACUCAUUGUGUACAACAGUGGAACAGACAGGAUCUUUGUGAGAGAUAGAAUGUGGAUAAAAUGUCUCCUAAUAACCAAAACCACGUGGUUUUCAGCAGUACAACCCUCAGCAUUUUGAGGAAAAUGGGUCAUCUGCAGAGGACCUAAUGUGGAAUCAUCGCAGGUGAUUUCCCUUCAUGUCUACAAAAGACAGCUGCAGACCUGGACUGAAUACCUCUCACAACACUGUCACAGUAUGCUGAACUGUUGCAGAAAUAUACCCAAUAUGACAGACACAUGAGGAACAUCUGUCUGCUGUCAGAUGUUGUGUGACUCCUUAUUUGUGUUUAUAUUAUUAUGUCUUUAAAAUGUGAUGUGUGAAUAAAGAAUGAACAAUAAAGACAAAUGUGUGUCCU